CAGAAUCACGGUUUCUCAGUUAAAUCUUUUCGGAAGAGAAGGAAAAGGGGAAAAUGGAAACAUUUUUCAGGCUCCUCUACACCUCAGGCCUCCGGCGUAAUUCACCCAGAAUCGGCAUAUCUCCUGCCGGUGGGUGAGGAGGUAACACGUCCUGAUACUCCGUCGCCGACUCCGUCUUGCAAUAUCUUCCGGCACCUAUCUUUCUGUCGCUGCUGAUUCUUCCCUUCCGAACUAAGGUAAUUCCUCGAUAAUGCUUUUGAUUUUGGCUCCCUCAAUCGCGAUAACCUGGAAAUCUCACUAUGAUUGUAAAGCGGAAGUGGAUUGAGUAAAAUUCGCAGCUAUUCUUCGUGGUUUGAUUUCUCCACGCUACUUGAACUUGGAUUCGUUUGGUUUAGCGUUCGCGUUCCGACGCGGUGAUGUUCUUAUUCGCACAUGCAGAAGAAUCUGGACUUAGGGAGGCUUGGACGCAAGGCUUCCAAAUGGUUUGGUUUGGCCCUUUUGCGCCGGUGGCUGGGGACAGGAAUUGCAGUUCCGCCUCUUUGUUCGUUUGUUUAGAUGACGAACUGGAUGAACUGAAGCCAGAGGUUCUGGAUUUCAUCUUCCCUUCUGAUGCCGUCUACUCUCAAGUUGGGGACAACAACGCAAGCUCGUCAGGAAAGCCAUGCGAGAUCCUUUCUCGCUGUUGUGGGAUUCUCACCUUUGCUUGUUGAUCAGGUGUUUCAGGAAAAUGGUAUGUUUGCUGACAUUUCCGAGUUAACAACUCUCUGAUGACCAAUUCUUCUAAUUUUAGGCGAAGACAAUGUUGAUUUGCUGUUGGAGAUUCUCAUGGAACAUUCUGUAAGCACCAACCUCGGCACUGUGUCUCCUAUAUAUCUUUCCAAUGUGUUAGUUGAUGCAACCUAUUCCCCUGCAUCUAUUGUCUGUUAUUUUGCUUGAUGAAUAUCCAGGUGGUGGUGAGUACCUUGUGAAGUUUGACAUGCUCUGCAAUGAUUAUAAUGCUCAGAUGGCUAUAGAUCCCACUCACUCACCAGGUUCGUUAGAGAACUUGCUCGGUAACGAGGAAGAGGGGGACCUUCUGCAUCUUCGACGACAAUGCUGCUACCUAAAGAGGUAACUGCUGGGAUCUUCCCUCAUUUUAGCGGUUUUCUGGUGUCUACAUUGCCAAAAGUGGUACCUAAAUUGCUCAAGUAUAGCCUGGUCUGAAUUUAAUUCAUGCGACUCUUUACUCUUUGGUAGGAACCUGAUAUAUAUUUGAUGAAGUUGUGGAUGAACGGGCGACAAAACUUAUUACAGCUGAACUUCUCCAUGACUGAAAUUGAUUUUGUUAAUGAUAAGCUAGGUAUGUUGAGUUCCUAAACGUAGAAGUAUGAGGAGAUGAUACGUGACUUUGUCUUUGUGCAGUCAUUUGAAUCCUUUUGACUCUCCCGAAGGCAGCUGAGCUUGGUAAACUGUGGAGUUCCUCAGCUGCUGGGUGAAAUGCUGCGUGAGUGUUUGAGACAAAUGGGCCUGUGUUUAGUUGGGCUGGGCUUACUCAUUGAGUCAUUGGUCGCUAGGGGUUCAAAGGCUCCAUACAAAUAUACAAUCCUCCAGCCAUGCCAAAGGCUCACUCACAAGGUAAUACAGCUGGCAUCUGAAUACUGCCGCGGUUGGGCUGGAGGUUGGAAGAAGCAAUUAAAGAAGAGGAUUGGACUCGUCCACCCAAAUGGGCCCACCAGAGACCUGACCAAACCAGGUACUCUUUUGCCCCAUCUGUCAAUUAAAGCUUUCGGUGUUUUCUUUUCUUCUCUGUUUUCCUUUUGGUGGGAAGAAAGCUUAAAGCAGGCAUGCAGCGGUGGGGAGAUUAGUAAAGUAAAGUAAUUAACUCGUUUUAAGUAUUAGCCUGCUUUCUGAAGUUGGAGAACGGCAGUGGGUUGGAUCAUAACAAUAAAGUAUUAACAGAAAAAAUGUGUGGUAGCAAAUGGAGUUUGUACGGCCGUUCCAGCUCGUCACUAUAAGUUAUCAAAAAAUAAGCUAUGAUUUACUUGUAUGUUUAGUUUUAUAAGGAGAAUCAGAACAAUGAUUAUAAGAAGAGAUUUAUAAGUCAAAAUGGAUGAAUUAAUUAUUAUAAUUAUAAUAUCAGCUGACAUUAUUAAAACAAAUAAUUAGAGUUAAUUUUGAGACUUGAUGUAUGCUAUAAUAAUAAUAUCAAUAUUAUUACUGGGGAAUGCUGUAGGGUUAUUAUUCUUGGUCUUGGAACUAACUAAUGAGGGACAAAAGGCACCGGGCAUUCUGGCGUAUGUCACGCGUCUUUUGUUAUAUUUUAUUGUUCAUAAUUUAUAACUUCUAAUGAGAUCCUGAGAAUCGUCCUACAACACAAGCACUUGUGAAGGAAUGGGGUGAUGGAGAUUAAGUAAUGUAACAAUGAAUAAAUUAUUAUCAU